AUGGCGACUACUAAUAAUCAACAAAAUUCUUUAUACUCCCCCAAAUCUUUACUUCAAAAAUCUUUACAUAAUGAAAAUCAUAAAAAUACAAAACAAUAUUUUAAUAGUCAGUCAAACAAAUUUGCUGCUAAAUCAUCUAAUGUUACUUUUACUCAAGAUACUAAAGGUGGACAUAUUAAUUCAAUUGAUUUUAAUAAAUUAAAACCUAUAAGAAAAUCAAGAGAUUUAGAAGAAAUUGUUGUUACAGACAUGUUUUUUGAUGGUAGGCAAACACAACGUUACAGAGAAGAACGUGAUCAAGAAGAAAUAUAUUAUAUUCAUGAGAGACCUAAUGAAAUAAUGGAAAAAUCAGCUACAAUAAAUUUUUUAACAGAUGAUAGAUUAGAAAAUAAUGAAGAAAUAGAAAAACAACAUUCUGAAAGAAAUAUUACAAAAAGGAUAUAUGAAGAGGAGGAAGAAAUGUAUAAAAAAGAUUCUAGAAUAAUAAAUGAACGUGAUAAUUAUCAUCAAAGUACAUCACAUGCUCAACAUGAGAGAAUAUUAAAUAACAAUUUAUUAUUGGAUCGUCAUCCUCCUAUAAAUUAUCCAAUUAAUAAUAAAAAAGAAUCAUCAUUUGGACAUAAUACAUCAAAUGUUACUUAUAAAUUAAAUAAUUCUCAAAAUAUUCAUAAUACUAAUCAAAAUUCAUACUAUUAUCAAGAAGAAGAAGAAGAUCAUCAUCAUCAAAAAGAAUCUGUAUACGAUAUUGCAAAUAAAGGAUCUAAAGAAACAUAUAUUCCUAUUAAACAAAGAGAACAUUCAACAAUGUCAGUAGAUUAUUCUCAUAAAGAUUAUAAUCAAUCUCGUGCUACAAUUGAAUCUAUUGCAAGGAAUGUUAGUGAAAAUGUUAGAAUUAAACAAAUUGGUGAUACAACAAUCAUGACAGAACACCGUGAUCCAUAUUCAUUUUAUUGGCAAUUGGAUCAAUUUAAAAAACCAGAAGAAGAACCACCAAAACGUCCACCACCAGUUGAUUAUGUAAUAGAUGAGGAAGAUUUACCUGAACCACAAACUUAUUCACCACAACCUGAAGAAAAAUCAAUGCCAUAUGAAAGUCAAUAUUCAAGACCACUUAGAGUUGAAGAACCAGUAAGACAAUUACCGUCUGGUUGGGAAAAACAUGAAGAUCCCUCUGGUUUUUCAUAUUAUUGGCAUGUAGAUACUGGAACUAUACAACGUGAUCCACCACCACCAUCUCCAAAAAUAAGUCAUGAUAAUAAGUAUACACAAAUUAAUACUGAAACACCACCUCCAAUCAUACAACAAUUACCUCCACAACAACCAAUAAUUGAGGAGCAUGCUUUUAAACAAACAACAACCAAAAGAAGAAUUGAAAAGGCUGAUGAAAGUGAUGAGGAGGAGUAUGAUGGUACUAAACCGGUAAGAUUUUUAGUUAGAAGUUUAGGUUGGACAACAAUACAAGAAGAAGAUUUAACAGCUGAUAGAAGUUCAAAGGCUGUCAAUAGAUGUAUACAAGAAUUAAGUAAUGGUUUAAUGGAUAAUGUUGUUAAAUGGGGAGAAGGUAGAGAAUUAAUUAUGGAACUUGAUGAUAAUGAUAUGAUUUUAAUGAAUCCUGAUACAAUGGGAAUUAUUCAUUCUGAACCUAUUAGUCAUAUUAGAGUUUGGGGUGUCGGUAGAGAUAAUGGAAGAGAUUUUGCAUAUGUAGCAAGAGAUCCAACAACUCGUCGUUUCUUAUGCCAUGUUUUCCGUUGUGAUACACCAGCAAAAACAAUAGCCAAUACCUUACGUGAUAUCUGUAAACGUCUCAUCUUAACUCGACGUUCAAAUGCCCUAGAAACUGCUAGUAUGGUUGAUGGAAAUAACAAAAGAAAAGUUUUUGAUAAUAGAGAUGCAAAUAUUUCAACAGAAGAAUUACGUAAAAUUAUAAGAUGUCAUUUUAUUGGUGUAACUCAAGUACCAAAAGCAACAGGAAUUGAAAUUUUAAAUGAAGCUGUUGAUAGAUUAGUUACUCAAGUUCGUCCAGAUAGGUGGAUAUUAGCAGAUGUUUCAAUUGCUCCAUCAUCAAUUGAUAUAAAUGAAGUUAAUGGUCAACAAAUUGCAACAUGUAGAGUAAGAUAUUUAAGUUUCCUGGGAAUAGGACAAGAUAUAAAAAGAUGUGCUUUUAUAAUGCAAACAUCCGAAGAAAGCUUCCUGUGUUAUGUCUUUCAUGUAGAACCAAAUGCAGCAACAAUGGCAAAAACUAUUGAAGCAGCAUGUAAAUUAAGAUAUCAAAAAAUUUUAGAUGCACAUUCAGGGAGACAAUAUUCUUCACUUUCUAGUUAUGAAUAA